UCCAGCUGACCGGCCCAGGAUUCCCCGGUGGCUCUGCCCGUCGCUUGGCUGUGACGGCUUCCCCGUUUCAACGACCGAUUUAAACGGUUAUAAUUCCACGGAGUCAGUGGCCGCUCGUGUCGGCAAACCGUUCCUCGUCCGGUGAAACGUUGAAGGAAUUACCGGGCCCCGGUGGGGUAUUGUCCUCUGUACUUGUCAAAGCCAAAGGGAGGAGGGAGGGGGGGGGAUCUAAAGCACAAAAUACGAGGCCCUCUCUCCAGCCCCGGAUUCACCUGCUACGCGAGGGAGCCUCACGCCAGACACCGACAUGGGGGACACCGGGAGCGAGGGCAGCAAGCCGCCGAGUAACGUUAACGUUGUACCCCCGCGCUGCCCCUGUGGUUUCUGGGGAUCAAGCAAAACUAUGAAUCUCUGCUCAAAGUGUUUUGCAGACAUUCAGAAGAAGCAGCCAGACGAUGAUUGUGCCCCAAAGGCCUCCUCAAGCUCCAGCAGCAACCAAGCAGACAUCUUCUGUACUGAAACAAAAAGCAGCAUUAGUCAGUCACUGAUGUCGGUGCCUAGCACAUCAGAAGACCCUUCGCCAGGAGAGACAGGAGCGCCAUCUCUACCUGCUCAGGACGAAGUAUCCAGCACAGACACAGUCUUCAGCUCACUGUCCACUCCCACAAAACGCUCCUUUGAGUCAGCCUCAGAGUCGGAAAGUGAUGUUUCACCCGAGAAGAGGGCAAGAGUGGGUGACGUGCCAGAGGGAGAAGAGUCUUCAUCGUCAUCAUCAUCCUCUUCUCGCAGUGGCUCUAAACAGCGGAGCCGCAAACGUUGCCAUCGCUGCCAAACCAAACUGGAGCUGGUUCAGCAAGAGCUGGGUUCCUGUCGCUGUGGUUACGUCUUCUGUAUGCUCCAUCGGCUCCCAGAGCAACAUGAGUGUCUGUUUGACCACCUGGGCCGCGGUCGCCAGGAGGCCGUCCUGAAGAUGGUCAAGCUCGACCGCAAGGUGGGCCGCUCAUGCCAGCGCAUCGGAGAAGAGUGCUCCUGAGCGGCCGUUCUCUUUAGAAGAAUCUCGGUGAUCAGACGGUGUCUUGGCACCAACAGGGAUUUGAUUUUUUUUUAUUUUGUUUUCUUCUCAUUUUGUUUUUCAAGAUUUUUGCAGGUUUUUUGGAUACAAACCUCCACCCUUUCUUUUAAAUUAUGCUCCCUCUUUUUAAGUCCCACUGUUACCCAUGUCCCUGUUGUUUUCUGCUUCUGUUGGCUUGAUCAUAUCCCUGCUGCUAAGAUGCCUUUUGGAAAAUCCUAACCCAGGAAUGACAGAACAAUAAAGAGCAAAAGGAAAUAUACAAUUUCUUCACUUUUUUUUGCAAAAGCUCCUGACUACACAAGUGUGAGCAGAGUAAGACGUCGAGAAGAAAUACAAUGCUUUAUACAAAUGUUUGUCCCGGAAGCCAGUUUAAGACUAUACUCUUUACCUCAAAAAAGAAAAAGAAAAAGAAAUAAAGAUUGACGAGGAGAAGGAGGUGAAAAGGAUCGUUUCCCUUUGUGUACACUUCUGCUUUGGCGCUGUUUAUAGACUGUGCUCUUUACCUCAAAAUCAGACAGAGCUCCUUUGUACUCUGCGCCAAGCAUGGACUUUGUGAAGCAAACCAAGCAGGCCAGCCUCAGUUUAAGUCAGUGUCUUACCCCCUGGCCGUCCACUACCCACAAUCCCUUAGAAACACCUGUUAAUCACCAACCUCAGGAUAUCAGGAUAUCAAAGCCCAAUCUUCCACUCCCCUCGCCAACUUGCAUUCUUCUCUUUUCCUCUACAGGACACCUUUGUUUGUUUUAAGGUUUUUCAGAAGGUGUUUCUGCUCUGUUGAGGAAGCCAUUGUGGACAAUUAAACUGGGGUGAUACUGCAAGUCCAAAUUCACAACUUGCAGUGUGAGUCAGACUCAAAACUGUUAAAAGUGAGCUGGUUGUCCUUGGAUUGCAAACUGAUCUGUCAUCAACAUUGGGAUGUGAUUGAUCGAGACCUUAUUUGACACAGAUUUUCUCUGUCUUCCUGUUUUUGUCUUAAGUCUUCAUCUCCUUAUUCCCCACAGCCCUCCCUCACGAAGACAUGUCCUCUGCACACGUCUGUUUUUAACAACAUGUGGAUUAUGUGUGCUGGAUGUGUACAAAUUCAGGAAGACAACAUUUACAGGACAUGACGUAUAUUGAAAUUUGAGUACGAUGUGUGACUGGACCUGCAACGUCUGCGUCGUACGCGUCCACUCUAUACUUCUACAAAUACGCACUCUCUCUCACACCUUUGUUGUUUCCAUGUGCUCGGCUGUUGUUCACAUUGAGCACAAGCAGGCAAGUUCGGACAUUGCUGUUGAGUUUGGACCGAAGCUGAGAUGGCAGAGCGCCACUCAGAAGGUUCCUGUUUAAGACGUGUGAUGGUUGUUAUCGUUCAGGUUUCGCAUAAUGUCUUAGGCCUUCAUUUCGAUUAUCCACAUUUAAAGGUCAUUUGAUACGAAACUAUUCUUUGGUUGUCAGUACUUUAAUUUCCCUUCCUUCCUUUAAUGCCCCAUGUUUUCAUUUCCAGCUAGCAUGAUGAGCUCACAUGCAUUCUCCUCCUCCUGCUUUUCACUUUACUUUUCUCACCUUUCACUUUAUUGAUUGGUCUAUUUUUCCUUUCCAUCGCCCUCUCAGUCUCCCCCUCCCUCUCUCUUGCUGUAGAGGAGGGAGGUGGCAGCUGGGGUGAACAGCACGCUGAAAGUUUAAAUCAGCAAAUAAUUACUUUCCAAAUGUUUUCCUGGGUGGACUGUGGAAGGAAUGAACAGAAAAUGCAUAAUGAAUGAAUAUUCUGUAUCUUAAAGAAAACCUUAUUUAACCCCUUUUUUUGCUUUUCACUUACACUUUAGUGUAGAACUGCUUUUUGUUUUGGUUGUAAUGUGGUUAUAAAAUGGGAAGAUGAACAUGGAAAAUUCUAUAUUUUUGUUUCCAUUGUUUUACUUUAUGCUUCCCUUUUUCCAACUUUUUCUUUUACUGAGAAAAAAUAAACUGGAUUAGAAAAAGUGAGAA